AUGGCUCUUCGCUUCGGCUCCAAGCUGGACCGCACUGUCCUGCCGCGAGACGCCUCGCAUCACGACGUAUCUCCGUGCAGUGCCUCGUUUCCUGGCGAGGAAGAGGAGCCGGCUGGCAGCUGCGUCUCUUCCAAAGAGGAUCUCCCCGAAGACGCACGCACCUCGCCCGCCCGCGCGGCGCAUGCAUGCGUGACUUCUGCGGCAGAGUGUGUCUCCAAGAAGGAAAGCUGCAAUGACGUGGUGAGAGAUGGAAGUUCCUCUUCGACUCGGAGCCGCGGGAGCGCGAGCGGCGAGCAUCGCGCCUCUCGAGGCGAGGCGCCGAAGCAGAAGUCUGUGACAAGUGACGCAGAAAUCCGACUCGCACAGAUCAUCGAAGAAGAUUCAGGCCGAGACUGCAACGCUGACUACCCCGUCCCCAAGUGGCUGAGAAAGCAAGGCGUAUGCAGUCCUUUCUCCUACUUCCGUUCCUUCAAGGCCUCUCUGGGCAUCAUCAACUACGAUUUGAGAGGCCCACCUGGAAGUCCUCUGGUUGUCACAUUUCACGGUCUUAACGGGACGCAGUUAACCUUUUUCGACUUGCAAGAAGUUCUCGCGCGUUUUGGCUACAGGACUUUGAUUUUCGAUCUCUACGGUCACGGGCUGUCUGCGUCGCCACGAUACAGCUUUUUUCUGAAACGGUACGGCCUCCAGUUCUUCGUCAAGCAGACCGACGAACUUCUUGAGCAUCUCGGCCUCGAGAACGAGCGCAUUUCUGUCGUAGGCUUUUCAAUGGGGUGUGUGAUCGCAGCGGAGUACGCUCUUCAUCGGCAAGAGUUCGUGGAUCACAUCUGUCUCGUUGCGCCAGCUGGCAUGCUCCCAAAUAAACCUUUUCCGGUCAGAGUUCUUCAGCGCUGCGGCUGGUGUGUCUCCCCGUGUUGCUGCCUCGUCCCCACCUGCGUCUGCCGUUGCUGCUUCAGCAAGAAAGGAUUCAUCCAGAAGUACGAAGAGGAGGAGAACGAGGAGCGGCGCCGCUCGAGUGUCUGCGCAGCGUGCGACUCGGUGGCUGAGGAUCCGGGAAAGGAGGAGAAGAAGCGUUUUUUGCGGCGAAGAAAACGAAAACCAGAGGGUGGACACAAGGAGAUGUCGGCUACGCGAGAGUGUCGAGAAAAAGCGAAGUCUUCCUCUCUCCCUAGGCAGACGGCGACCCCUCAAGCGAGUCAAGAGAGGCGGAGGAGGCGCGCGGAGACAGUCUCGGAGUCCAAUAGCGCUCAACGAGGAGAAGAAAAGACUUCCAGUCAAUACGGAGGCGCACUCGGUGGAGUAUCCCCAGGAGAACUGCUGUGGAGGAGACUCAUGUGGCAACUCUACGUCAAGAAAGGCGUCGUCGCAACCUUUGUCGGAUGCGUUACACACGUUCCUCUCUGGGACGGGAGGAAGAUCUACGAGCGGCUGGGCGAGACAGGAAAGCCUGUCCUUUUGCUGUGGGGCGAGGAGGACACGGUCGCGCCUCUCUCGUGUUCUGCGGCGCUACGCAUGUUGAUACCCAACUCGCACUUGAUCGCCUUUCCUUCCUGCUCCCAUCUGGUGCUCGCGGAUCGCGCGCAGGCGAGCAUAGGCUGCAUCAUGGCGCUCCUCGACUUCCCGCGGACGUGCGACCUGCGUCGGUGGCAAUUCGCACUGCCCUUCGACGCAGGCGGCGCCUACGUCCCCCCACACCAUCGCGCGCCCCCAGGCGUUUGCCCGGAAGACUACCUCCGCGAGCUCCGAUACUCGCCCAAGUUCACCAUUCGCCUGUCGAGCUCAGACAAGCCUCAGCGCCUCCCGAGACGCGCGCAGAGCCGCGCCUCCACGGAGACACGCCCGAAACCGAAAGGAGACACUGCAGGCGCGACCCUGGGCGUCACGGAGACAGCGGGGGAGGGUCUCGAGGAAUCAGCAAGUAGGGAACUAGAGGAGACAGGCGGCGUAGGGAUCCGAGAGAAGGUCAGAGCCCAGAUGAGGGAGGAGAUGGCGGCUGCGACGCGGAGAGAAGGGGAGCUUGUGGGGAAGCGCGGAGGCGACCCGGGAGCUGAGAGACAGGAGAAACGAAUGGAGAGACAGGAGGAGGUAGUUGGAGACAGUGAAGGAGAGCGUGUGGAGUUCGGAGGCGGAGAGAAGAAGGCAGAGGAGGUCGAGGAAGACGCCUUCGGGGAAACGGGACUGCGGCCUGCAGAAGAUGUAGAGGGAGAGUUGGGAGGAGAGGAAGAAGAAGAGCUUUUCAGCCUUGAGUCUCUUGACGAAACAGAAGGUCGCGCGGGAGAAGAGAAGGCUUCCGAGACAGUUCAUCUUCGCGCAGACGGCCGGCGACCCCGCAGCGCGUCGAUGGCUGCGGCGGCGGCUGCGACGUCUCACCUUCUUUCUUUCGAUUCCAAUUCUACUCAAGAAAUUCUUCUUCAGGGAAAUGCAGACCAUGUACUGGUGCCAGCGCUGUCCGCAGCACCCGUGCAAAGCGCCUUUCAGCCCCCACACUUGCGCGAGUCUUCUUCCAGUUCUCUCCAGCUCACGCGCGACUCUUAG